AUGAUCCGAAACAGUCUUUUACCAGAAACCCAUUCCAUCUAUAAAUACCCGGGACUUCCCAGCAGCUCGCGCAGGCUUGAGAGGCAGCAGGCGUGCUCGGUGAGGGGGAGAAGCUUCUGGCGGGACGGGGGGCGACAGGAGGUUUCGGAAGGAUCAUGUGAGUGGAGUUCUUCUUCCACCUGCGUCGUAUUCGGCUGUCAGGACCGGUGAAGCAGGCCCGCAUCUGCGGUGGUUUCUGAACUCGAUCUCGUUGUUGAUUAAUUUUGUGGGGUUUGUGAUGCGGGUGAAGGAGGGCGUCGAUCACGCGGCCUCCGACGCCGGACGGCGAGGAUGAUGCGGCGGCGGUGACGCCCGGCCCCGAGGGGGAGCCGACUUUGCAGGAGAUAAUCAACAUAAAGGUUGGUUCGUAUGACCGAGAUCCCCUUCUGUCCCUGUAAACGAAGUUGAAGGCCGAGAACUUCUCAGUUUGGAGGAGAGUCAAUGGAGUGGGCCUAUGUGAGUGGUGGUGGAGAUGAUUGCUUUCUUCUAGAUGUACGGGGCCGUCGUGAGCCACUUUCAUUUUAUUGGUGAGAAAUUAACUUGAAAUAGGAUUGAACAGAGUCUUAUUUAUUUUGAUCUGAAAAGUGUGAGAAUGCGUUUGUGAUUGGUUUUUCAUCAACCCGUCCUGAUAAUUUAGUUUGCAUAUUUUUUUGUAAAAUAAUGAUUAAGGGUUGGCCUGUUGAGGUGUCCUAAGUGAUGUGGAUCGCGUUGAUCUCUGUUGUUUAGUUGGUUGAAACCGGUGAGAAGGAGAAGCUGAAAGAACUCUUGCGGGAAAGGCUCAUUGAAUGUGGCUGGAGGGACGAAAUGAAGGCCCUUUGCAGGUAACUUCUCUCCUAUCAUCCUUGCCUCUGUCUUUGCAUUAUUCUUCUCCAGCUCAUAUCUGAUUUUUACUUCUAAAUUAUAUAGAUAUUUUUAUUUUCCCAUUGGGCGUAUCCUGGAAAAUAGGAUUUCCUUUUGGUAGCCCGGUGUCUCAGACCAACAGAGAUAUAGUUGUUUUUUAAAGAUAAUUCUUGGAAAAGAUCUGCCAGAUCAAUCGGAUAUUUCACAAGCGAACCAGGAUUUUUUUUCCCCAUGGGACUUCUCAUAGAGCAUUAUCCACGUCUCCUUUAUUCCUUAUAAAGAUUUAAAUUUGGAUUUAUCUCCGUGCUUCUGUAUCAAGGACCACGCAACAUAAAAUUUAUUUACUAUUUUCAUUAAAAAUUUACGCUCAUAGAUAUUUCUUCUAUCAGUUUUACAAAAUAAUUUAUCUGUAGUGAAACACUAUCUCAUAGUUGGGGUCUAUGGAAUGGGAGAAUUUUUUAUUAGACUCUGGUUCUCUUGUCAUCUUUCUUAUGUCGUUAAGAAUACAGAUUGGCUAUUUUUGGAUAAAUUUCUUUAUUAUAUGCAGGAAUUGUGUAUUUCUUUUUGCUUGCAUGCCUUUGGCACAUUGAUUCUUAAAUAAUGUGAUUUUAUUUUCUUGAUAGGGCUUAUACCCGGAAAAAGGGAAGAAACAAUGUCACUGUUGAUGAUCUCGUGCAUGUUAUCACCCCAAAAGGCAGAGGUUGGUGAACCUUUUAUGCUUCUUCCUCACUCUUAUGUACCAUAUAUACUGUUUACAGUACAGAUUAACACUCCGAGAGCAUAGCAUAGAGACUGGUGGGGAUGGACCCAUACAGCUCAGUUCCUCUUUUGUUAUCUAUCCAAAUUGUUUGUAGAAAAAGGGUAGCAGUUGGUAUUUUUGAAAAAUUUAUAGUUAUUUGUCUCUCUUUCAUGUCUUUUUUUUUAUUUUAUCCUGGCUCUCCGUGAAAAAAUUUAAUUGAAGUAUAUUUGGAAAAAAAAAAUCAUCAUCAUUAUUAACUGUGGAAAUACGUGGUGUCAGGUGAAUGGCUGCAUGGUGUGCAUCAUAAGAAUGAGGCAGAAACAGCCUAGACACAUGCAAUUGUCACUUAUAGUCAAUUAUUCGGAAUGAAACAUGUGUAAAGUUGGGAGUUUAAAAUUUCCAAGUUCCUACAAGAAUACCAUAUUAGCUACUCUUACCCUCCUUUGGAUAAAUUUUCGGCCGUACCCCCUCUUGUUCAGAUGUAGUCAACCUUGAAGAUUAUUUUUAUACCAUGUAUAGGUUCGGGUCUCAUAUCUAAUGUUUGUUUCCAUAAUGUUUAAUGAUGAAUCUGGGUGCAUAUGGAUGCCCUCGUUUCUCAAUCUUUGUAGCAUCUAUUGAUAACAGUUCAGUGGUAUAUAUAUAUAUAUAUCAAAACUCUCCCUUAUAUAUGUAUUCCCCAAUUUGGGUGUCAAUAAUGUAGGAACCGGAAAUCCCAAGUCCUGGAUUGGCAUGUGAUAACUGCUGAAAGCCUUCUUUUGGAUGUUUGAUGUCGGAGUUGUAACUUUCUUUCUACUAGAUCAUUCUAUUAAUGGAAUCAAAUUCUACAGUGCGAAAAUUAAAAAAGUACCCUGAUAAAUAAAUUAUCAUCGUUUGGUUUGUUGUAAUUACCCAUGCCACAGAUCCUGUGAUAGCCUGAAUGCCACCCUACAACAGUCAUGAAUGUCUACAGCUAUAAAAAAAAAUAAUUAUUUCCUACAAGUGCUGUAAGUUCAUGCUUUCAUCCUUCUUUGCUUGCUCUAAAAAUUUUGUUGAAUGUUUUUCCACUGUGAUUCUUGGAGAUUUACGUUAUGUCCACCUUCGGCUGAUUAUGGUCACCAAGAAAACCAAGUACCCCGUACCUAGAACUCUUCCUUCCCCACUCUUUGCCCAACUCUCUCUCUCUCUCUCUCUCUCUCUCUCUCUCUCUCUCUCUCUCUCUCUCUCUCUCUCUCUCUCUCUAUCUGUAUAUAUAUAUAUAUUCAUCCAGUGGUAGUAACAGCGGUAGAUGGGUUGUUUUCUUGAUGCAGCGUCGGUCCCAGACACGAUAAAGGCGGAGUUGCUGCAGCGCAUCCGGACGUUUCUGGUCGCCGCCGCAUUGUGA